AUGGCAGGUUCCUUAAACAAAGCUGCUGGAAACCAGUCCCAAGCCAGAGACAUCCAAAGAACCGAUGAAUACCAUCCUGCAUGCUGUCAGAAGCAUCCCUUGGACCAGCAUACAUUUGCACCUCCUUUCCUUCAUCAGAUUCAGCCAAGGAAGAGGAAAGAAAAGAAGAAAAACAGCAAACCAAGAGUGGAAGCCCUCAUUGCACAGCCGCGGGAAAGGAGGAUGUUGAGCCCCCAAAUCUCCUAA